CUUCUCCACCAUUGCAAAAAACUAGAAAUAUUUGCUAAAGCAUUUCUCACUUAAAAGUUAAAACCACUCUCUCUAUUCACUUCAAUGGCGAUUCCGGUGAUUGAUUUCUCUAAGCUCAAUGGUGGGGAGAGGGCGAACACACUUGCUGAGAUUGCAAAUGCCUGUGAGAAUUGGGGAUUCUUUCAGGAUGUCUUCACUCUCAAUGAUGACCAACAUGAAUGGCCAUCAAAAACCCCUGGAUUCAAGUAAGACUUCACUUCAUACAUCCAAUCUCAAAUCGAGAAAAUAGUGUUAAUGUGAAUGAUAUAUAAUUGUUGAAUCUACAAAUAACUACAAUUUGAGCUAAGUUUUUAUGCGCCGCGUGUAACCUGAUUGGAACAUAGAAUCUAAUUUUUGAGGUUGGUGUGCAGGGAAAGAAUGGCGGAAUACAGAUCUGAGUUGAGGAAAUUGGCUGAGAAAGUGAUGGAAGUAAUGGACGAAAACUUGGGCCUGCCAAAGGGAUACAUCAAGAGAGCAUUCAAUGGAGGAGAUGGGGAGGAGAAUGCUUUCUUUGGCACCAAGGUGAGCCACUACCCGCCAUGUCCACACCCUGAACGGGUGAACGGCCUCCGAGCACACACCGAUGCAGGCGGCGUGAUCUUGCUCUUCCAAGAUGACGAGGUGGGAGGACUUCAAAUCCUAAAAGACGGACAAUGGAGUGACGUCCAGCCAUUGCCAAACACCAUAGUCAUCAACACAGGGGACCAAAUAGAGGUUUUGAGCAACGGCAAAUACAAGAGUGUUUGGCACAGGAUUUUGGCCACCCCGGACGGGAAUAGGAGAUCAGUUGCUUCAUUCUACAAUCCAUGGAUGAAGGCUACCAUAGCGCCUGCUGUGGAGCUGGUGGAGAAGGCAAACCAGGAAGCAAAUCAAACUUACCCCGAAUUCGUCUUUGGGGACUACAUGUCUAUCUACAUUGAACAGAAGUUCCUGCCCAAAGAACCAAGAUUCCAGGCUGUGAAGGCAAGACAAGGGGCAGAUAGAGAUGGGAUUAAUUGAUUUUCAGCUGUGGUUUGUGGAAAAAAAAAUGGAGUACUGGUAGCAUUGUUUCUUACUAUUGACUAAGUUUGGUGUUUCGAGAAUGUAAUCCAAUUUUUUUUUUUUUUUUUAUAAAUGUAAAUUAGCUGU